AAUGCGCGUGCAUAAGUGUGUGAGUGUAGAGUUGUGUGACAUUUUUAACUUGUUUCCAGAAUGUUGAUUUCACAUAGCAUCUAAAAAAACAAAAACGUUUUAACACAAAAGUUUUACUUUUAAAUUAAAACAAAAUUAUGAAAUAUUACAUUACAUAGUCUCAAAUAAAAAAAAUGACCCAAAUUAAAACUAAUAUACUCUUCAAUGAAAUGCGAUUUGCAUUCAAUCCAUCAAAAUUAACAAAAUGCGGUGAAAUACAAAUUGAUGACAACUGUACGAAAGCUUAUUUAUUUUGCGCCUUUUGCUGCGAUAAUAAUGAUCCUGAUGCUACCAAAUUCUUUACAACACUUCAAGAAUUUAUCGAUCACAUUCGUUGGCAUCGUUCCGAUGAUUUAGAUUCGCCAAUUUUACAAAAUGGUCUUUCAAACAUUGCAUUCGAGGGGCUAGAAGAUGAUUCACGUAGUGAUUUGAGUGCCGCUCCGCCGAUUCAGGAAACUGAAUUUUUAACCGACUGGAUUGCCCCUCCCGAAGAGUUAUUCGCUUCUAGCACAAUUACUAACUUUAUUGAAAUGGAACCGCAACUAACUGAUGUCAAAUCUGAUCUAGAAACGACACAAGAAAUUGAUAAAAACAAUUCUCUGCCAAAGCAACAAAAUGACGAUGUUGAUGAAGGCGUACCCGAAUUGACGGGUGAAGUAUUUAUUGAGCUAUUGGAUUUCUAUAAAAAAUGUCCUUGUUUGUGGCAUGAUUUAACUGCAUCCAUUACAAGCUCAGAUGUCAUUGAUGGAGCAUACAAAUUAUUGGCCGCACAUUUUAAUAAAUGCUCGCAACAAUCCAAAUCAGUGGAUUAUGUACGCCGGGUGUUAUUCCAAAUAAGGAAUUGCUUCUUGGAGGAGUACAGAGAUGUUAAACAGGAGGGGAAUGAUGCUCUGCCGUGGUACUUUCCUUAUUUGAGUUUUAUAUUAGACUGUGAUUCCAAUGAACUCGACAGGAGCUGUUUUACAGAUUUUACAUGUCCAGUUUGUUCGUUAGAACUUAUGACACAAGAUGAUCUCUGGAAUCACAUACUCAAGCUUCAUAUUGAAUCGCCCAGACCCAAAGACCAAAUCGAUGCCAUUCCAGGUGGUUUACUUGAGGAUUUGGAUGAACGAACACCACCCAACACAAACACCACCACAAAUAAGACUUCGGUUUGCGAGUAUCCGGCAGAAGUUGUGGAUAAAUUCAUUGACCUUUACAGAUCACAGACACGCCUUUGGGAUAAGAACGACAAAGAAUAUUACUCACGUUUGUUGCGUCGAAAAUCGUACGAUCUUCUCUUGAAUGUUUUGCGUGAGCAUGAUCCUAAAGCCACUUAUACUGAGGUUGGUCGUAGAAUUAAUUAUUUGCGUGAUGAAAUCAUUGGCGAGAAAAAGAAAGACAAUCUUUCUACCGAUAGCCUCGACGAUAAUCUAGAGAAUACAGAUGAAAUCUUAGAAAAUAAUGAAAUCACAGAAAACAAUAUCGGUGCAAUGGUAGAACCUUGCAAUCAGAUUCAACAAAUAAUGGAUAAUAUUACGGUAAAGAAAAACCGCAAUCCGCCACCACAGCUUAAAGUGAAGCCGGCUAGCUUUAGGAAGAAAAUUAAAACCGGCAAAUGUCCAAUAUGCUCGACAACUUUCAAUGAACAUUCAGCUUGGUUAAGUCAUUUGGAAUCAGCUCACAACAGCGAGGACUAUCAAUCUAAAGAUGGAUUUUUCUACUGUACAGUAUGUGGUUGGCAGAAUAGGACCAAAAAACUUCUAAUGCGUCAUCUGCGUAACAAGCAUACAAAUAAUCUGCGAAGAUGCACCGACUGCAAUUUGGGAUUUCGUUUGCUUUCAAUGCUAGUUGAGCACAGAGCCAAGGUCCAUAAUGAUUUCAAUCCAUUCAAGUGUGAGGUGUGCGGCGAGGGGUUUACCUCUCGAUCGCAUCUCCGAGCGCACACAUCAACCGCCCAUAAGGGAACCGAAGAACGAUCACAUUGGUGUAUCCAUUGCGGUAGUAAAUUCGCAGAUAGAAAAUCAUAUAAAGCACAUAUUCGACGACACAAAUUUGACAAAAAAGAAUUGCCAUGUAAGUUUUGCCAAAAGAAACUAUCAACAAUGGCCGAGCUGCGUAAGCAUAUGCGGACACAUUUAAAUUUAUAUGCGCACAAAUGUGACAAAUGUGGCAAAGGCUUCCAGAGUGCUCAAUUAUUGGUGAAUCAUUUGAAUGAUAUUCAUAACGGGACUAAUAUGAGUAGUCACAUUUAUAGGAAUAUAAUUAAGAAGCAAAUAGCAGGGGGCCCGUAUCAGCGCCUGACAAAUCAAUCUCAAACCAGCUGCGAUGAAUGCGGAACAAAGUUCUUUCGUAAAUCAUCAUUGCAAAAGCAUAAACGACUGAAACAUGAUAUAAAUACAUCUACAUCAUAGUUGUUACUCAAAUUGUAGAAAAAAAUAUUGUGUAUGUGUAUUGUAAUUUAAAAAAAUAAUUAAAAAACAAAAAUACAAAAAAUGCCAUAGGCAAGAAUUAAGAAUAGAUUUUACAGAAAAAUAAAAGCUUUUUGAUUCAUGAUUUAAAAUAAAUGGA